AUGAGUCUUGCAGUCCCGUCGGCGGAGAGAGAGGGAUCAACGACAUGGGGAAACCACGGAGACGAUCCCCGCGCCGAGCAGGCCGCAACCCAAGAGUCUGAGGCGGAGGCAUCGCAACACCAUCUGACGCUGCUCCCGCCGACCGUGGUCGAAAUGUUUGCUGCCGUGCUGGAUAAGGACAAGGCGGGGGAGCACGAUUCGGUGGAGGAUCCUAAACACAUCAUUGCUAACGUCGGUGGCUCUCCUCCAUCUGGUGGACGUGGGAGGCGUAGGCAGAGGAAGAGCGAUGGGGAGGACGAUUAUGACACCGCCGUGCCCGGGGACAUCACCACGCGGCCGAAGAGGCGGCAGACGAUAGGCAGUGCUGACGACGCCGAUGGCACGGAAGUUGGGACAACACGAGGCGCCAGGGAAGCAUGUGGCAAGGCGACGGAUGGGAAUGAUGACGAGGAGGAUGAAGAGGAGGAGGAGGAGGAGGAGGAGGAGGAGGAGGAGGAGGAGGAGGAGGAGGAGGAGGAGGAGGAGGAGGAGGAGGAGGAUGUGGCGGGAGUAAAGGGACGGGGCGGGCGAGGUAGACUGGUGGAUGGUACAGGGAAGGUGGGGGGCCGGACUCGCCAUUCCCGAAAACGUGGGGCAGUUGACGCCCCGCGCGGCGAAGCAGCGGGCAAACCGAAGGCGUCUAAGGUGAAGGUUGAAAGUGAAGGGGGUUGUAAAAAGCAAGGGAGCCAGGGAGCAAAAGGAGAUGGAGAAGGAAAGGGUGGCCGCGCCAAAGGGGUUCCAGUGGGUACCGGCAAGAAAAAACCUGCCGGUAAACGUCGCAGCGGCCGCCACAGCACCCCACGGAAAGGUGGCAACGAGAAGGCACAGGCAGCAUAA